AUGAUAACCGGCAUCCACCACAUCAACCUCGUAGUCCCGCAAAACACACUCCACCUAGCCACCUCCUUCUACGCCACAACCCUCGGCCUAACACCACGCGCAGUACCACACUUACAACGCGAAACGCUCGCGUGGUUUGACAUCGGCGAAUCCGGUCAGCAAGUUCACAUCGCGAUCGGCAAGCGUGAAGAUUUCACGCAUUCUUCAUCACAACAUCCUUGUUUCCGGGUCGGCAGUAUAGAAGCGCUGAACGAGCUGAGAGUAAAAGUAUGGAAGCAUCAUGAGCGGGGUGGAGAGGCUGCACCGUUGGAAGCAGACAGGCCUGGUGCGAAGAAUAGUGGGGCGGAGGGAGUAGAGUAUCCGACGAGGUUCUUUGCGAGGGACUUUGCGGGGAAUAGGUUGGAGUUCAGUGUAUAG